AUGAUGGAAACACCCCCCGCCGGUCCCACCAUCGCCAUCCUGGGCGCGGGCAUCGGCGGCCUCGCUCUCGCCAUCGGCCUCAUCAAGCGCGGCGUGCCCGUGACGAUCUACGAGGCGGCCGACGCCUUCUCUGCGCUGGGUGCGGGCAUCGGGUUUGGCCCCAACACGCUGAGGGCCAUCAGCCUCAUCGACGCGCGCUUCCGCGAGCGGUACGACGGCGCCGCGACGCAGAACGAGCGGCCAGAGUUCGAGCACAGCAUCUUCGACGCCCUCUACGCCGAAGACGGCUUCGGCGAGAAGAGAGGCUGGACCCGCGGCCUGGUCGGCGCCCCCUACUUCACCAGGAGCAGCGCGCACCGGAAGCAUCUGCUCGAGAUCAUGACGGGCUUCAUCCCGCCGGGCACCGUCGCGUUUGGCAGGCGUGCCGUCGCCGUCGAGCAGGCGGGCGGCAAGGUUGUCGUCGCGUUCGAGGAUGGGGGAAGCGUGGCUGCUGACGCCGUUGUUGGCUGCGACGGGGUAAAGGGCAUCAUGCGACAGGCGGUGCUCGGCGACGUUGCACCUGAGGAGGUUCCCCCCAAGUAUUGCGGCAUGUACGUCUACCGAGGCAUCGUUCCAAUGGACGCGGCCAGGGAGAUUCUGGGAAAACACGCGGGGGACGCGAAGUGGUUCUGCGCCCAAGGAAAAGGCCUCGUCCUCUACCCCAUCUCCAAAGGCAGGGAGGAGAACUUCGUCUUCUUCGUCAAAGACGACGAGCCGUGGACCCAAGGGGACUCUGCGAUACCUUGCAGCAACAAGGAGAUGGUGGCCGACUUGGCUGAUUUCGACCAGCGGCUUCAGAAGCUUCUGGACUGGGCGAUGCCGCUCCGGUGGCCGCUUUGGCAUCAUCCCGACACCCCCACUUACUACAAAGGGCGCAUGUGCUUGCUUGGUGACGUUGCGCACGCCAUGAGUCCGCAUCAGGCUGCCGGCGCCGGCCAAGCGUUGGAGGAUGCUGUCGUCCUCGCCCAUUUGUUGGCUUUGGUGAAGACACCAGAGCAACUGGAGCCGGCUUUCCGGGUGUACGACGCGAUUCGGCGGCCACGAGCGCAGAAGGUCGUGACGACAAGCCUUACAUCCGGCAUGGUCAAGCUCUGGCUUGACCCUGACUUGGGCAGCGACAUGGAGAAGAUUGUGGAAAACGGCAAUCAGAGUUUGCAUUGGAUAUGGCAACACGAUAUCUCGGCAGACCUCGAGCAAGCAGAACGCGACUUCUACAGGCUGGAAUCCUUGGAGGAAACGGGUCAAGGCUGCACAAACAAUCUAGGCGAAGGAGCCUGA